AUGGCACAGAGAGUGCGAGAGAGAGACAGAGAGAGCGUCGGAAACUCACCGGAGUUCGGAGAAACAGAGAGAGGAAACGGAGGAGAUAGGGUACCGUCAAAGCUCACGUCGAUGCCCAACUGCCUCUUUGACUGGAAUCUGUCUUCGUCUUCGUUUCUGGGGAGACACCUCACGGUUUAUAUGGUUCUCUGGUUUUACUGUAAUUUUUAG